GAGUGCCCCCCCUCCCCCCGUCCCCGUCCGUCUUCGAGACAAAGCAGACUGGCGCCGAUAUGUGCGCUCUAGUUUAUUUCAAGUUUUAAUUUAUUUUCGAAAAAUGUCAGCCGAAGAGACACGUAACUUCAGAUCGUCGUACUACGAAAAAGUGGGAUUUCGAAGCGUGGAAGAGAAAAAAUCAAUAGAAAUUCUGUUAAAAGAAAAGCCCUUAGACAUAUCAAAGUUAAAACAGUUCAGCUUACGUUUCACCGUCCCUCAGAUGUACAGAAAUCUCAUGUGGAAAUUACUUCUCGGUGUUAUAUCACCACAUGUAGAGAGCCAUUCUUUCAUCAUGGACCAAAGGACUCAAGAAUAUAAUGACCUGUUGGAGGCCCUGAAGUCAAUGAGGAUAGUCACAAGUGACUUGCCUAAGCAUCACAUAUUUUUAAUCAUGUGGCUUCUGCAAACUGGCAACCUUAAACUCGAUUGGAAAUCUCAGCUAGAAGACCCUCCUUACCAAAACCUUCUCUUAAUUUCAUCAGCUUUACUUAACAUGUUUGACAAUGAUGUUGACAUUUUCUGGAUAUCUAAGGGGUUUUUCCAAUAUGUUGCUAAAUUCUAUGCCUGUGUCAACAUACUUGUAGAAACAACAUUGAAAAGUCUUGAAAGGGAAGACCAAGAAUUGCACAGUCACCUGAAGAAAGUUCAAGCUUUAAAAUCAAUUCCAUUUACAACAUGGUACUGCUCCUGCUUUGCUGGCCUCUUGAAGGACCCUGCUCUAGCUAAAAUUUGGGACAAGCUGGUUGGCGGAUCAUGUAAAAUCCUGGUAUUUGUUGCAAUUCGAGUUCUUACGACUAUGAGAAGAAGGUUGAUUCUCCUCGAUUCAUCAGAUGCUGUAGUGGACAGUCUGUGUGACAUUUCAGAAGAGACGGCAGAAAUGAUUGCCAAUAAAGCAAUCGAGCAGUGGCAACAGUCAGGCAGUCCAUUGACUCCGGCAUCACACCCAGAUGGAUUAAAACCACAUGCUGCCAAUCAGCGGCUAAAAGGCUUUGCAACCUUGUAUUCAUGAACUGAGGAAUGUCUGAGUUUAAACCUUAUUUUUUUUAGUGUUAAUUGUUAGUAUCUACCUUUUGUUUCUAAAUCAGAUCUAAGCUACAUCACCCGUCUUUACUUAGAUGUUUCUUACAAUGUACAUACUUGUAGAGGGAGAGAGAAAAUGAAAGGCUUUUAAAAUUUGUGAAUUUAAUAAAAUUAUAUACAGAUA